CAGUACGGUUAUCUAACGUUUAAGAACAGAUUUUAUCAAGUACUUCCGUCUCUUGGUGUAAACAUCCGGUGUAAAUCUGUUGAUACAUGCCCAAGAAUUUUCUGGAAUUAUACCGUAACCAUAAAAAUCUAAGGACAAGGAAUAUCGUUAACAAGAUCUGUAAGUAUGGUGAAGCUAUCAAUCAAGAAAGGGGAUGAGCCUCAGUUCAUUUAUGAGACAACAGUUGACACUUCUGUUGAUGAGGUGUUAGCAGAUGUUUCUGCUAUAUACAAUGGCAGACUAAAGGUUCAGAGAUUAUGUGCAGAAAUUGAAGAUCUGGCAGAGCAUGGAAUAACACUACCUCCUAACAUGCAGGGCCUCACAGACGAGCAAAUAUCUGAACUCAAAUUAAAAGAUGAAUGGGCAGAGAAAUGUACCCCACAAGGUGGAGUCAGAGAAAAUGAUGAUAAAAUAGGGAGGAGAAAUGGGCAAGCUCCUACAGAAAAGAUGGCUGAAGUUCUUAAGAAAACAUGUUCUGAAGCAAAGGACAUGAUUUCAAAGAAAAAGGUACAGGCAAAUGAGAUGGUUACUCAACAAACAGUUAAAGAAGCCCUGGACAUUCUUAGAGGAGCAGUAACUAUUGUAUACCCAAUGGGACUACCUCCCCAUGAAAAUAUCAAAAUGGAAUUUGAGAACAAUGAAGAUCUCUCAGGAACACAAGCUUCACUAGAUGUGAUAGAAGAGCAGAAUGCUUCACUGUGGUUCUCAGGAAAAGAAAUGUUAAGAGGAAGACCUAUAAAAGAUUUUGUUGGCAAAAAUGAAAAAACAAAAGUGAUAGCAAAACUUCAAAAGAAGGGACAAGGAGCUCCAUCAAGAGAGCCUGUAGUUAAUGAAGAUCAACAAAAGGAAAUGAUGGCUUAUUAUUACAAGAAACAAGAGGAAAUGAAGAAAUUGGACAAGGAAGCUGAAGAUGCCUACCUAGAUUCAGACUGGGCAGAUACUCAGGCGUUGAAGAGAAAUUUCCAUGGCCUUAAAGACAUUAAAUGGGGUCCACGGUGACAAGUGUAACAUCUGUGAUUCAUGGACUGUAAAAUAUUUCCACCAACCAUUGUUGUGAUAUUCAUUGUAAUUUAUUUCAUUGACUCAGUUAUGAAGUAUUGUUUUGUCUAAAAGACAUGUUUAACACACAGGUAUGACAUCACAAUAUUUAACAUACUGUAUGAGCUAUAUAAGGUAUUUAACUUACAGACUGAGUUUUUGUUAUACAGUAUGAGGUAUUUUUGAGAAAAUAAAGACCUAUUAUUAUAUACAUGAACUAUAAAUAGUGUAAUAGUGUGUUCAAUAUACAUAAUAGAUUUGUUGUAUAUGAGUUUUAACAUGUUUAAAUGGAACACAUAAAAUGUUCAAGUAUUACCUACAUGUCAUUACGCAUAUUUUGAGGAAAAAAAGCUGUUAAAUAUUAAAAUUUUAUGUACAUCAAUGUGGCAAAAACAUAAAGGUAUGACUAGAAUUUGAGUUUUAUUAAUCAAAGUAUACUAUAUUUUUUAAUCAAACUCAUUAGAAGAUUGAAAAUGAACGUGCAAACUGGUGCAGUGAUAGAUUCACGAAGGUUCUCAAAUUUAAAAUGGUGUUUAAUAGAGGAAUGUCAAUAAAGGGUAGUUUAUUAAUUAAUUUACCACCUUGUAAUUUGUAUAUGUAUUUGUUGCAAUUCUUUAUAUCAUCUUAACUGAAUGUUUGACAUGCAUGUAUAGGAAUCCUAUCUGUGUAUAUAUACAUUAAGAUUCAUUAAAGAUCUGAAGUUAAAA